AUGGGAAGAAAUAGAAAACAACAAAAGAAAAAAGAUGAAGAUGAAGAGAACAAUGAACAAGUAGAUGAAGUUCAAAGUAGUGAUGAUCAUCAGAAAGAGGAACAAUCAUCAUCUAAAGAGGAAAUUGAAGAACCUACACCAACAACAACAGUGGUAGAACAAGUAAAGGAAAAGGAAGAAGAAGUACCUAUUGCAAAAGAAGAGGAGGAGGAAGAAACUAAAAAAGAAACCAAACAACCAACACCAACUAAAAAGAAAUCAACAACAAACAAAUCAAAGAUUGUAAAGGAAAAGGUUGAAGAACAAAUUGAAGAGAAAGAGGAAGAAGAAAAAGAAGAGCAAGAAGAAGAGAAACCAAAAUUGGUAAAGAAGAAAUCAACUAUGACUAAAAAGGAAGAACCAAAGAUUGAACAAGAAGAUGAAGAGGAAGAGAAACCAAAACCAAAACCAGUUCAAUCCAAACCAGUAGUAAAUAAACCAGCUCCACAACAACAACCACAACAACAACAAUCGAGUGGAGGUUGGGGAGGAUGGUUCUCUAGUAUUUCAACUGCAGUUUCAUCAACUAUUAGUUCAAUCACUCAAGUCGAUGAGGAUGAAGUUGAUCCAGAACCAUAUGUACCACCACCACCAAAAGAACAACCAAAAAAGAAAGAAAGAAAAGUUGUACAAGAUGACGACGAUGAAACAACUACAACAAGUGAUGACGAAGGAAAUACCACUCAAGAAGAAGGUGAUGAAGAUGAUGUUGAAGGAUUAUUAAAUGUAGUCGAUAAAGGUGUAUUCAAAGCUGCCGAUAUGAUUGCUGAUUCUUUUAUGUUUGCAAGUAGUUUAUUAUCUACUGGAUAUAAAAAAGUACAAGAGAAUGCAAAUUUGGACAAUGUAAAUAAAUUGGCAAACAUGUCACUUGAAUCAACAAAGAAGGCAACCAAUAGUGAGAUUUAUGGAAAAGGAUCAAAGAUUGCUACACAAACGAUGGAUUCUGCAGUUGAACGUCUCGAGUCGGUUGGUGCCAGCGCAUAUUCAAUGUUUUCAAGUGCAAAGAAAAACAUCAAGGAAUCAAUUGUUGAAAAUCAAAACUUGAUGAAAGAGAUUGAACAACAGCAACAACAGGUAUCACCAAAUGGAUCUACCCCAUCAACUUCAAACAACUCUUCACCAUCCAAUUCAAAUUCAAAUAUUCCUCCACCAUCAUCUUCAAUGUCAUCUUCAUAUAACAAGAGACCAAAGAUCAAUAUUGAAGAAGAACAAGUAAUAUUUAAAGACAAUGAAUUUGAUGCAGCCAAAUGUUCAUCACAUUUCAAUAUUCCACAUUUUGUUCAAGAGUUGGAAAGAAUCUCUGUUGAAUCAACCAUGAAGAUUCAUCAAUUCAAUAGAAAGACACCAAAGGAUAUUAAAAUUAAAGUUGAACAAGCUUUUAAUGAAUUAAAGGAUUUAUUAGAAAAUGAAUCACCUGAAUUCUCUGAUAAUAUACCAAAAAAUUUAACCAAUGACUCUGAAUCAUUUGAAUUGGAAAAAUAUUAUAAUCAAUAUUUUGAAUUAUUACAAGAUUAUUUACCAACAUUGGCCAAUCAAUCACAACCAACUGCCCUUUGUAGAGGACUUGAAAAAUUAUUCCGUUUUGCUUCUAUUGGUAUGGAAUUGUUGGCAUCGGUUGCUCAACACUCUUUGGAUGAAAAACCAACCGAUGAAGAAUCAUCCUCAAUGGGUGACGUCGAAGGAGUCAUGAAAUGGACUCUUUCAAAAGCAAAUAUUUAUUCUUAUUUAAUUUUUAAGAUUAUUCAUGAUAUUAAGAGUAUUUCUUCAAUUUUAAUUGAAAUUAUUAAAGCAAAACAAAAUCCACAGACGAGAAAAUAUUUAAAUACCAUUUCAAUGGAAACUAAUAAUCUUACAGCCAAUAUUAAUGAUUCAAGAGCAUGCUUUAUUUCUUCAUGUUCAAUUAUUUUUAUUCAGCAAGUAAAGAGUAAACCAUUUGGUGUUCCACCAUCUCCAGCAAAAUAA